AUGACAGUAUCCUGUGGGAAGAGAGUGCGAAGUCGACGAAGCGUCUUCGGUCUUUGGGUUCCCAACAAAACGAACAAGGCCGCAGGCAAAAUCGAUCCUUCUCCUGCGGAGUCUACAAUAUCCGAUAGUCUUGCAUCUGACCACAACGCCAGCUCUGCAGCCAGUAGAGAUCGCCUGAAGAUCCGUUUGACGCGGAGUGGAUCCAAGAUUCUAUUGUUGUUUGGGCUGGGUGGCUCCUCGAACAGUAAGUUUGGGUCUUCCAAAACGAGCGUCGAAUCUGUAUCAUGCGAAGACAGUCAUAGCAUCAAAAGCCGUCACCUUACAUCGCUUCCGGUAACAGAACAUGGAAAUACCCUUUUCCUGGAGGGUUGCUUGCCAGGGAAUGCAUCGCCCGGGACCACAACCCCAGUCACCGCACAACCAAAGGUCCAGAAGCCCACCGAAGAAAACCCUGGUCCUAAAACAGGAGUUGAAGUUGUCGCACCGUGCGCUUCUGAAGAUGUGGAAUGUCAACGCAGCAAUUCGAGCGAGCCACAGAGUCCAUUGAACACGAAGCUGGUCGAUCGACUAUCCCAAAGGCUUUCUUCCACAUUUGGCCAGCCGACGGUUAUUCGUCGUACGCACUUACACUCGAGACCCAGUAUGCCUUUUAUUGGAUCCCUUAUAUUGAACACACUCAACAAGCAGCACGGCGAUGGUGCUGAUGACAGCUCGGAUCCCUCGACAUCCCCGAGCAGCAACGGCUCGCCAUUGGGAUGUUCGACUCCUCCUACCCCAGUGACAUCAGCAGAGCCUUCUGCCUCGUCCUGUAAGUUUGAGGGCUCGCCCGAUUUUUCCGCUCUCUCGAAUCGUGCCGCUGCCGUGACUUCCACUCUGGACAACAAAUCUCCGACUAUCACACCCUCGAUCAUAAGCGUAGAGGCCGCCUCCGUGGCCAAGAUAUAUUUAGAGCUCUAUUACAACUCCAUUUUCCAAAACCAGGACUCACGCUUGCAGCGCCAGCAUGAACUUGAUCAGCAUAUCUUCGCGUUUCAGCUUGCACCCGAUGAGCAAGCUCAGGCCAGACGCAACUGGGCACUCCAAGAGAAUGAAUAUUUGCGACAGUGCCGAGCUUUGAGAACCAGUAAGAGGUGUUCUCAUGAUGAAGGGGCCGUGUCGAUUGCUGGUUACGAGGUCAUCAAAGUCCUUGGUAAAGGCAGCUUUGGCGUGGUUCGCUUGGUUCGCGAGAGAAAGAGAGACAGGGAAUUAGUCGCAGAAGAGGUCUUCUCACUAGAAAGGAGCCUAUCCGUCUCAAAAGCUAGGUCUCACAGAAUGCUCAGGUCUGCGGUGGAAGGAGCCAAACACAGUAAACGACGAUUCAUGACCGGAGAAAAAAAAGAAGUGUACGCGAUGAAGGUGAUUAGAAAGUCCGACAUGAUUCGCAAUUGUCAGGAAGGUCAUAUUCGAGCGGAGAGAGACUUCCUCGUUGCAGCCGGAAUGUCACGCUGGGUUGUUCCCUUGAUCGCAAGUUUUCAGGAUGGCACUAAUUUAUACCUUGUUAUGGACUAUAUGCUUGGUGGAGACUUCCUCGGGUUACUCCUUCGCAAGGAUAUACUUCGGGAAGAUUGGACCAAGUUUUACAUUGCCGAGAUGAUUCUGUGCAUCGAAGAAGCCCAUCGACUUCGGUGGAUUCAUCGUGAUAUCAAGCCCGACAACUUCCUCAUCUCUGCUUCUGGUCACUUGAAAAUCUCCGACUUUGGUCUGGCCUUCAACGGCCAUUGGGCUCAUGACCAAACUUACUACCACAACCAACGAUACUAUUUGGUCGAGAAACUCGGCAUCAAUGUCACCGGCGAUACCGAAGACCAAGCACAUGCCGCAGAGAUGAGAGAGUUUUCCGACAUAGGCUCUCACGGGAUAAACGAGCAGUCUAGCUUUCAAGUCCCCUCAACGAAUCUUCUGGACUGGCGCAACAGCAAAUGGAGACGCAGAUUUGCAAAGAGUGUGGUUGGAAGUAGCCAGUACAUGGCGCCCGAGGUCAUUCGAGGCGAGAUGUACGAUGGGCGAUGUGACUGGUGGAGUUUGGGCAUCAUUAUAUUCGAGUGCUUGUACGGCUUUACGCCGUUCGCUUGCGAGAAUCGCCAUGACACCAAGAUGAAGAUUCUGCAACACAACAGAACCCUGCAGUUCCCAAGAGAGAAGCCAACGGACAAAGUGGUGUCUCAAGACGCCAUCGAUCUCAUGGCACGAAUUCUACAGGAGCGCGAGUUCCGACUCUGCUCUCAGAGAUACCAUGCCAAUAAUGUUUUGACUGGCCGGUCUGUCUCCGCUCAAUUUCUCUACUCGAUGGAUUCCCGGCACAUGAACAUUCCCAGUUACUAUGUCUAUCCCAAUGAUGCCGCCGACAUCAAAGCCCAUCCUUUCUUUAGAGGCACGCGGUGGAACGAACUUCAUCUGACCCAGCCACCGUUGGUUCCCCGUGUCAAAGACUGGGAGGAUAGCCGGUAUUUCGAUGAUUGGAAUGGCUCUGGCAACAUCGAUGAAGCAUCCGAUGACAGUGACGCACCAGAAGCUGAUGAGGGCCUCAAAGCAAAUUCCGAUGGUACAACUGCAAUGUCUCAGGGUCGCCAAUCUCAACAUCUGCCAGACCCUCUGGCUUCUGAGGAGCGCCCAGUCCCGGAUGGAGGUCCUGUGGAAGUAGAACAGCCCGACCAACGACAUCCAGAGAUUGCAUCGAGGAAGGAGAAAAAACGACCUCGUGACAAAAUCCUUCGGGAUAAAAGAGUUGGCCGAGCUGCACUUGAGAUCCGCAAGCGAGGUGCAUUCCUCGGAUAUACCUACCGACGACCGAAAGGUCCGGCCAUGGCCCUCAGCACUGACCGUGGACGACAGCUAUUUGCGAGAGGUCAAUUGGGAGACAUAUAUUUUCCGUGA